AGGCCACGGACUUGGUAUAUACAACAGAGUCCGCAGCAUACAAGAUGAAUAAAUUCCAUGAACUUAUCGAGCUAUGGAGGGCGCCAAACUUGUAAAGAAAUCAUAGAACACGACAAACUGCAAGCGCGCCACAACUGCAUCGGUUCCUUUCCGCGACGGACAACACACUCCCUCGCCCGCUUAGCAUUAACUGAAUCCCUCGACAACUUCCACACCUUCCAAACCCUCCAAGCACGCAUCCAGCACUCUCCAGUGCUCCUACUCCCAAACCCCAGCCACUUAUCUUGGUCUUACCCACCCUCACCCAUCGCCACUCACGUUUCCGACACAUGCCGACUUUGUCGUUGUUAGCUCGGG